GCCUCGCUCGAGCUGGGCAGACCCUUGCGGGUCAUUGGCCUCAGCAAGAGGCCUGGCUAUAUCCUGAUCCACAGUCACUCGCCCACGCUGAAGUUCUUGAUGCUCCAGGAGGUCUUGGAGUAUGAGCUCAGCCAGCGUCGCAUCGCCGAAGACGACCUCGUGAUCUUUUCGGAUGGUCAUGAUGUCUUGCUGCAGAGCCCCAUGGCUGACAUCCUUCGGGCCUAUUUGCGCUUUCCAGAUUCGCCUUAUUUGAUCUCCGGAGAACGCAACUGUUGGCCCUGGCCUCACACCGAUCCGUCCCAUGGCGCCUGGGAUUUGAACGACGAGGUGGUCCAUGCCAACAUGACCUGGACGGUGAAUCGCUGGAUGAGGUUCACACCCCAUGACUUCUGCCGGAUGAUCCGCGCCGAUGGACCCUACCCGAUGAGAUCCAAAUCGGCGAUAUGAUUGUCUUUGCUGAGGACUGCAAGCCGUGGAGCCAUGUCGCUUUAGUCACGGGGCAGCCAACGUAUCAAGAUGAUGCUUGGUGGGUUCCCACAGUGGAAUGCUCUUCAUUCUCUCUGGAAGAACUCUACUACAGUGUAAAGGAGAUCCGAAAACCAUCCAACUGCCUUCGCAGCCGGCUUGAACUUCACGUUGCAGAUGGUGGGGAGCCAUGUUGAUCUCUGCUUUGAAAUGCCGCAGCCCAAUGUUUCUUUCCGGUUGCUUCUGGAGGCGAACAGGGCAGAGUUGAUGUGGGAAGGGUGACCCAGGAGUGUCACUUUCUGGCGCGCUCCGCGGCACAUCGAUGUGGACAAUGGAGUUCCCCAACAUCGGCUUGUCCAUGGGCCCGGUGGCGCGAGUCAUCGAAGUCCUCAAGAGGAACAACAAGAUCGUCUUAGAAGAGGACGUCAACGACCAAGGCGCGAUGUGGUUGGUGAUUUUGCGGCAUUCUUUGGAGCUGAACAUCCAGAUCGACCAGCACGCAGAGG